UGACAGAUUGUGGAAGGCGGCGGUGGCUGCGGCGGCGGCGGCGGCGGCCUUGGACUGCAGGGAAUGGGAAUCCUAGGGCCCUGACUUGAGCACCGCCCCUGCCUCCCUGCCCCCGACGACAUGGCUCAGGAGAAGAUGGAGCUGGACCUGGAGCUGCCUCCGGGCUCGGGCGGGAGCCCGGCGGAGGGCGGCGGCGGCGGCGGGGGCCUGCGGAGGUCUAACAGCGCCCCCCUGAUCCACGGCCUCAGUGACACUUCGCCGGUGUUCCAGGCCGAGGCGCCGAGCGCACGGAGGAACAGCACGACGUUCCCGAGCCGCCACGGCCUGCUGCUGCCGGCCUCCCCGGUCCGCAUGCACAGCAGCCGCCUGCACCAGAUCAAGCAGGAGGAGGGCAUGGACUUGAUCAACCGAGAGACGGUCCACGAGCGCGAGGUGCAGACCGCAAUGCAGAUAAGCCACUCCUGGGAGGAAAGUUUCAGCCUGAGUGACAACGACGUGGAGAAAUCCGCCUCCCCAAAGCGCAUCGAUUUCAUUCCCGUGUCACCGGCGCCGUCCCCGACCCGGGGAAUUGGGAAACAGUGUUUCUCACCAUCCUUGCAAAGUUUUGUGAGUAGCAAUGGAUUGCCUCCUAGCCCUAUUCCCAGCCCGACGACGCGAUUUACCACCCGGAGAAGCCAGAGUCCCAUCAACUGCAUCAGACCAAGUGUUCUUGGACCAUUGAAAAGAAAAUGUGAAAUGGAAACUGAGUAUCAGCCAAAGAGAUUUUUCCAGGGUAUUACCAACAUGCUUUCUUCUGACGUUGCGCAGCUGUCAGAGCCGGGUGUGUGUGUAUCUUCGGAUACCCUGGAUGGAAACGGCAGCAGUGCCGGAUCUUCUUGUAACUCACCAGCGAAAGUCAGCACUACCACCGACUCUCCUGUGUCGCCUGCCCAAGCGGCCUCUCCCUUUAUUCCCGUCGACGAACUUUCAUCUAAGUGAUUCACACACCUUGAAACUUCUGUUUUGUUUUGUUUUGCAAUGGAGAGACAGAAAAAUCAAGUUAGAGCAAGCACUGAACUUUGCCGAUUAAGUCGAAGCUGUUUCCUAUUUGACUCUUUUUCCUUUUUUUCCCCUCCUCCUUUUUGGAAUUUCCUGAAAUGUUAUUCUAGAGAAUUUCUAUGUCAGGUUCCUGCGGAUGCCCCAUCUAUUCAGUGUAGUAAUAUUUUCAGACUUUUUCCCAAUAAGUGUGUUGAAGCAUACAUUUUACGCUGCUAAUAUGUCUAAAUACAUAUGUUAUCCCUUGAUUUUUUUUAAUAAUUGAGAGCUCUAUUUAUUUAUGGGAUUAUUAAGUUCUGAUGAAAAUAUAAAUGUUGAAUUUCAGUACAGUAAACUGAUGUUUUAAAAUUUCAUACUUCAUGGCCACACUAGUUUUUAAUGUUAUUUUCAGUGAUUGCUAAUUUCCAUUUAUUGAAAAACAAUAACUGACCUGUUUACAGCUUUUUAAAAAAUAUGUUAGUCAUAUCAAUCUGAUGGUUGUCUAUUUUAUCCAGAAAUCUAGAAAUUUAGGAUAUUUAAUUUCCUAGCAACAGAAGUGGAUGGGAGGGGGGAAUGCUACAAGAAGAAAUAAAAUUUUGCAGUAAGUCUUUUAAAAAUAAGUAUAUAAAAGUAAACAUUUAAGAAAAGCAUUUUCUAAUGAACUUUUGAUAGUAAUUCUAGCAACUCAUGCAAAUGUUAUUUACAAAAAGUCAAAUUUUUCUUUUUAAAAGUAUUUUUAACCAAAAGUGCAUUCUUGGGUAUAAUCCUAAAACUUCAGGAGGACAGUGCCUUGCAGACUGCUCACUGCACAUAGACCAAGGCAAGGCUCUUUGUACCGCUUCAAACUUUGUUUUUCAAAUGUGUGGGAAGCACUGUUGGACUUCAAUACAGCAUCUAGACAGACAGUACUCUCUCAGUCAGUCAUUGUUAUACUUUAAAUAUCCAGUCAUGCCUCCAUUCAAAAAAUUCUUGCCAAUAAGAAACCAGAGCAGCUUUUGGCUGCUUUUCUGUUCUGCCCAUCUGUCACCUUUCUGAUCUUCCCGUGCUCAGGAAGGAAGCAGCCGUUUCCUUGCCAACAGGUCCUUCCUUUCCAUCUCCUUCAAAACUAGGGCAUCGUUAGACAAAGGUGCAGUGUGAUUUGACUUUCUGACAGUGCAAAACAACAGGACUGAGUUGUUUAACCUCUGGUCAAACCGACAGCUGGGGUUGAUUGCCUUGGGAAUGUUAGUUAAUUAGGGGCUGGUGAUUUGCAAGAGAAAAAUUAUCAGCCAAGAAUCACACAGGUAGUCACUAUUUAACUUAGGUUUUGUUAAAGGUAGAAUGAUGGAAUACUCUUCCAAUUAAGACAGAAUAGCAAAUGGAUUUUAUAUGUCUUUAUAAUACUUCAUCUAUCUUCCAUAAAUUGAUAGCUAGAUGGAUAGGAGAUAGAUGAGACAAAAUGAGAAGGGAUACAAAAUAAAAGCCUUUUUUUAAAAAAGACCAAGACAAAAAUCCCUCCUUUUUAAAGUUAUUGCUUCCAGACUUUAGUAAUUAUGUGGAGUUUUUGCAAUAGUGAAAAGAAAUGGAGCUAACUGGUCAAUUCUAGACAGUUGCCUCAAGGUUCAGUGUAAUGGCAACAAGGGUAAGAUUGCACCCAUAUGCUGAAAAAUGUUCUGGGUAAUGGAGAUCUUAUCCUUUGGUCCAUAGUGUUCCUCAACUCAAGCCUACAUAUCUGGUUUACUGAGUACCUUGACCCUCUUUUAGGGGAACAUUAACAGGAUCUUCAAAACAAAACUUAACUAUCUCUACACUUAACUGUUCUUGCAGGUUGGUGUCGCUUUUCUAAGUGGAUGCCUCAUUCUGGCUGAUUUCCUAAAUUAGGCCCCACGGAAGCAUCUUUGUCAUUGCCUUUUCCCUAUCUGUGCAAUCCAGCUAAGCCACCGACUUCUGUGAACUACUUCUCAGAUGAAACUCACAUGCCACGCGUGCUCUUACUCCGGACUGAGCUUUUGUCUAUGUGAUCUCUUUGCCUAUCUCCUACCUCCCUUGUUGGUCAGUCUUCACAUUGGCUCUAGAGUGAACUUUUUAAACCAUAAACUUGUUUUGUUUUUCACUUUCAUACUUGGAAAACUUUAUGUAUUUCUGCAUUUCCUGCAGUCCAGGCUGUUCUGUAAGUUCCUUUGUGAUAGCCAUAUUCUAAGCUUAUUUCAGUCUUGCAUCCUCAUCCUAGUACCUGUCCUUUUUUUCUCUGCAAAUACUUGACUACUUAAUAUCUCUAAAAAUGUCAUGAACCUUCAUGUGUCCUUCCUUUUUGAUAGGUUGUUCCUUUUCCCUAAAAUGAUAUUUCUGUCCUUUCCAGUCAGGCAAAUACUUUUCCCCCCUUUUAUUGCAUGUGAAUUGUAACUGUGAAAAGAAUGUAUACCUACUGAUUAUAAAAUAUUUAAAUGAUGUAUAUAUGUUUAUAGUGAAAAAAGUUGGCCUUUUCUAUGUAAAUUCUUCAUCCCUGCUCACAGGUAAUUUCUGUUAUUUUGGUGUGUGUUGUACAAGAUGUGUAAUUCUGCAUUUCCAUGUAUGUGUGUAUAUAAAUGCAGGAAAUCAA